AGAAGUUUCUCCCUCUUUCCAUUUUUUGUCCAUCCAAUACUUUGCUACCCUCAUUUCUUCCUUUCACUAUUCUUGGCAAAACUCCCUCCUCUUUUCUCCUUCUUCCCUAUGCCCAUACUUUUUUUCCUUUUCUUUUCAUGUCAGCCUUCUUUCCAUUCUCCAGCUCCUUUUGUGUGCACAAAGAAGAGAUUCGUUUCCAAAAGGAGCCCUUCAAAGGGGGCGCGCUCAUGAAAGUGUGCGCGCGCCGUUGCCAUGGCUACAUCAAAGGUUAAGCUCUCAAGGUGGUUCCUCGCCGUGGUAGCCGUUGUUCUAAGCCAGGUUUUUACGGUUACAUGUUUAUCAGAAGCCGAAUUGCUUAUACAAUUUAAGGGUACCUUGGAAAACAAUGGAGGGUUGUCGAAUUGGGACACCAAAACGCCUCCUUGCAAUGGUGACAAGGAGAAUUGGGUUGGUGUGCUUUGUGAUAAGGGAAAUGUCUGGGGAUUAAAGCUUGAAAAUAUGGGAUUGAAGGGUUCUAUCAAUGUGGCAGCCCUUAGCCAGUUACAGGAUUUGAGAACUAUUAGCUUGAUGAACAAUGAUUUCACUGGAUCCCUUCCCCAAGUGAAUAAACUAGGUGCACUGAAAUCAUUGUAUUUGUCUCAUAACAAGUUUUCAGGGGAGAUUCCGUCCAGUACUUUUGAAGGGAUGUUAUCAAUCAAGAAAAUUCAUUUGGCUGAUAAUCAGUUUUCGGGCUCAAUUCCGGCUUCCUUGGCAGGUUUGCCAAAGCUUAUGGAGUUGAUGCUUGAUAAAAAUCAAUUCUCAGGCCAAAUUCCGGAUUUCAAGCAAGACAGAUUGAAUUCUAUUAAUUUGUCCAACAACCAUUUGGAGGGUCCUAUUCCUGCUAGCCUCAGCAAGGUUAACAAAAAUUCAUUUGCUGGCAAUGAAGGCCUCUGUGGUGGACCUUUGGAAAAAUGCCCUGAACCUGAAAAAUCAGAGCCAAAGCUUUCUGUUGGAACUAUUGUCAUUGUUGUGAUAGCAGUUGUGAUUGCCGUUGGCGCGAUUAUUGCAGUUGUAGUCAUUUUGCGAAGGCGUAAGACAGCGCCCCAACAAGAAGCAAUGCUUGGAGGUUCAGCAGUAAUUCAACAUGGUCACAAUGGAGCUCCUGCUGGAGAUUUGGACAAACUGGAAAGAGGGAUGUCACCCGACCGCGGCUCGGAAGGCAAAAAGGGCGAUCAGAAUAUCAAACUCUCAUUCUUGAGGGAUGAUGUUGGAAAAUUCGAUAUGACCGAUUUGCUUAAAGCCUCCGCUGAGGUAUUAGGCAGCGGAACAUUCGGAUCUACCUACAAAGCUGCCCUCAGCACGGGCCCCGUGACGGUCGUAAAAAGAUAUAGGCACAUGAACAAUGUCAACAAGGAAGAAUUCCAUGAGCAUAUGAGAAGGCUAGGCAGAUUGAAUCAUCCAAAUGUGCUUCCAAUUGUGGCUUUCUACUACAGAAAAGAAGAGAAACUCAUUGUUUCCUCCUAUGUACAUAAUGUCAGCUUGGCCGUUCAUCUUCAUGGUAACAAAUCUCGUGGCCAACCAAGUCCAGAUUGGCCUACAAGAUUGAAGAUUAUCAAGGGAGUAUCAAGAGGCCUUCUUUAUCUUUACAAUUCACUACCAAGCCUAGUUGCACCCCAUGGUCAUCUGAAAUCUUCCAAUGUUAUUCUCAACGAAUCGAAUGAGCCAAUGCUCACGGAUUACGGAUUACUACCCGUAGUCAAUCUUGAACAAGCUCAGGAGCAAAUGAUAGCAUACAAGUCACCCGAGUUUAAGCAACAUGGUCGUAUCACGAAGAAAACUGAUGUAUGGAGUCUUGGAGUGUUGAUCCUUGAGAUUCUCACUGGAAAAUUCCCAUCAAAUUUCCUUCAACAAGGCAAGGGAAGCGACGGGGAUUUGGCGACUUGGGUGCAAUCCAUUGUCAAGGAUGAAUGGACCGCGGAUGUGUUUGAUAGAGAUAUGACAGGAACUAACCAUUGUGAAGGUGAAAUCAUGAAGCUAUUGAAGAUAGCGCUGGAUCUUUGUGAGCCUGAGAUUGAUAAGAGGUGGGAUAUUAAGGAAGCCGUGGACAGAAUCGAAGAAAUCAAGGAAAGGGAUGAUGGUGGUGGUGAUGAUUACUUCUCUUCAUACACUAGUGAAACAGACAUGCGCUCUUCUAGAGGGUUAUCAGAAGAUUUCAUCAAUGUUCCAAUGAAUGGUUAACUAGGGGGAAUGAUUUGAUUCCUACGUUUUAAGUCUUUCUUCUUCUUUCUUUUUUUUCUUGUCAGAAAAGGAAGUUUUGGAAACAAAUUUGAUUGAUUCCUUUCAGAGGCAGGGGAAUGAGAAUGGGGAAUGGAAAAAAGUUUUGACUUCACAAUGUGAUUGUUCCAAAUGAAGAAUUUAUAUUGAGGUGAAGUUCAAAAUAUUUGAAGGCCUUUUGAAGGUGACAAAAUGGGCAACAAAAUGCAUUGAGUUUAUUUUUUUUGUUCUUCUUCAUUAUGUAAAUAUAUAAGGCUAGUGGUGCUUUUGAAUCCAUAUGUAAGCUGAGAUUUUUAUGUAGAGAAAGAGACUUUUAAGGUUUAAACAAACUAAUGCUUGUCCUCUAAUAAGAUUUUGAAGGUUUUUACAUGAUUUAGUCACAUCUCAACUAAUUUUAAAUCCAGGGUCAUUUUUCAGUAUUUAAGAAAGAGAAGAGCUUUUGUGUUGUAG